AACAAAACAAGUCCUACAUGCGCGCACGGCAGAUCAUCUGGCAACAACUGAGUAAACGCACCAGAGGCCGAAAAGCGCAAAUAAAAUGGCCGUUCUGUGAUUGAUUUUGUUUACGAAGUGGCCAGUUGGUUAUGUUGCUCUUCUCUUUUAGUUCGUAGCGCGUAAACAAAAAGGACAGAACUCUUUGUGAUCACCAAUGGGCAACACCGGUUCGGGCAGCAAGCGUGACCGCGCCUAUUCGACGGACACGGACACGCCAUCGUCUCCAGGCAAGGAUGACCGCGCUUUCGAGUUCACGACGGGCGGCAGCUCGUCGCGCAAGAGCCGCUUCAUCUACCAGGCCUCGCUCGACGACUCGGACGACAUCCCGAGCUUUAGAAAGGGUGGCGACUCGGACAUGCGGCCGCGCGCCUCUACGAUUGAAGGCGGCGGAGGCGGCCUGCCAAAGGCCACGCUGCCCACCGUGUUCAAGUGGGAAGGCGGCGGCAAAGACGUCUGCAUCAGCGGCACCUUCACCAACUGGAAGCCCAUCCCGAUGGUGCACAGCCACGGCGACUUCGUGGUGAUCCUGGACGUGCCCGAGGGCGACCACCAGUACAAGUUCAUGGUGGACGGACAGUGGGUGCACGACCAGAACGAGCCGACCGUGGACAACGACAUGGGCACCAAGAACAACCUGAUCAACGUCAAGCAGUCCGACUUUGAGGUGUUCGAGGCACUCGCCAUGGACAGUGAGAGCUCGGGCAGCGGCGCGCAGAGCGUGUCCGGCUCGCCUCCGGGCGACUACGCUCAGGAGCUGCCGCAGGCCAAGCCCUACGAGAAGGCGACGGGACCGCCCGUGCUGCCGCCCCAUCUAUUGCAGGUCAUCCUCAACAAGGACACGCCGCUGCGCUGCGAGCCCACGCUUCUGCCCGAACCUAACCAUGUCAUGCUGAACCACCUGUACGCUUUGUCCAUCAAGGACGGCGUCAUGGUGCUAAGUGCCACGCACAGGUACCGGAAGAAGUACGUCACGACGCUACUGUACAAGCCGAUUUGAAAGAAAAGCUCCUGCAUGGCCAGUUUUUAACGGUGUCACGUAGCCGUAUACGAAUAGCCACAGUUAUAUCGUGCCCUCCUCCGCAUUUUCGAUUAUUUUUUUCCCUUCUGUUUGAGACGCUUCUUUCUUUUGGGGGGCAGCUUUAGGAUGUUAUAAUUGCCACUCGCUUGUUGUGUUUAUUAAAGUCUAUUCGGUUGACUUACUA